AAUUUUGCUCCUUUUUUUCCACUCCAGAGACCACGACAAGCGAUCAUGGCGAUGCAGUGCCCUGGUGGCUGCCUUCGUCGUCUUGUCCCUGGCUCUCAAUGCCAGCUCCCGAGAACAGGCGGCCCUUGUUCGCGAGGUCUUCAAUGACACCAACGACGCCGCCCUCCUCCUCUUCAUCACCUCCACCGCUGCAGCCCAGCUGGCAGUUCUGGCCGUCACUAUACAACCUUUGACCUCACGCGGGGACCUUCCCAACAAAGAAGCUUUAGCAGUUAUAACCGUCAGUCAUGCAGGCGCUACUUUUCUCCAUGAUUUCCUUACAAGUUUCGGCAACCCGGAGACCUCAUUGACAGCAGCCUUCGCUAUGCCAGUUCUGACUCUAUUAGCAUUGUGGAUCGUCACUUCUGUCAUGCCAAGAUUUAAUACAUGGUCGAGUAUUGCUAUCAUAUCUAUUGGCUGCACGUUUAUGUCCCUACGGAUGAGAAGUGUGAUGACAUCGGACAGAACAUCUUUGAUUUCGGCUCUCUGUGCGUUUUCAUUCGUGCUGAGAAACAUUGUGGUGAGGCAGCUUGUAGCAGCAGAAAAUGUCAGCGUCAAACCGCGUGGCUCUGUUGUAAUUGCCGGCGUUGCUAGCUCAUGCGUGGUGAUCGUAACCGCCGUCCACUUCCUGGGAUCGUCGCUAUGGGUACCACCAGUGAUGUGUGCAGUGCUCACGUGUGGGCUGUCAGUGGGCGUGUUCUAUGUCAGCACGCAGCUGUUGAAGAGUUUUGGUGUUGUUUUCGUCUCGCUCUUUCAGAUCUGGGUUGUUCUGUUAGAAGCCUUGAUGCUGACGUCAGCAAAACACAGGCCUGAUCUUGUGCUUUUCGCCACGGCAGUGAUACUGGUUCUGCUGGGGCAUUACCUCUUCUUCAAGGAUCAUGUAGACAAUGGAGGAGCCAGCUCUGGGAGUUCCUCCUUCACCUUCUCCGCUAAGCCUGUCAACAUCCACGAACAAUACACCCGCAUCGAGUUCCUUCUGUUCUUCUGCUCCGUGCUUGGCGUCAUCUUCUACGUGUUCCAGCCAAAGGUCUCCCAGAGAGACCUCAACACUCUCAGCUAUGUUGGCCUGGACAGGGUCAUUAGGCGUCUGCUGUCAAUACAAGAUGACCCUGCUGUUCAAUAACAUUUCAUUCUAAAGCCAUGGAGAGUGCAAGAUAUUUCCAAUAUCACUUAUAUUAUCAGAGAUGUGUUGUUGAUAGGGAUGUAUGUCGUGGGACCUGAGGAUUUUUUUUUUGCUCCUUCUUCUCUAUUGUUUAUUCACAGCAUUCAUUUGAACUAUAAAUGUAGGUCUUUUAUUUAUCUGUAAUCCUAUCUUUUUCCACCAUUUACUUGUUUUAAGACAGGCUUUUGUCUUUGUGUUUUGAGUCAAGAGCCUUAUUUUUUCUUUUCUUGUUAGAAAUAACUCCACUCACAAACUUAAUUCUCUCGCUUCUUAUAAUAUAACCUAAUAGUGUUGAUAGGGGUGUUAAACCUAAACCAUUGUGGGUGGUUGGAGGGUGCUGUGGUGUUGUUUGCUUCUUCUUUCCUAUCAAACAUCUAUCGUCUUUAUCUGCCCUCCUUUUUGUGUUUGUUACUCUCUUGUAACACCUUUAAUCUUCAGCACUUAUACGACUUUAUUGUGUUGCUAGUGCCGUUAAACACUUACAAAAAAACCCCAACCUAAACCAUUUCACUAAUUUUCAAACCUAAUUCAGAACAUCCCCAAAAAGUAAGCCCUCUUACGGUCAAACAGCGCUCUGUUACAUUGAUAUUUAUCCUCUGAUGUACUUGUGAGAUAUUUUCUUUGAUCACAGCUGGGUUUAAUGCUACGGCUUUAACUUUAAAGUUUCUCGAUGUUAAACUUGUAUUCGCGGCCGCGACAAACGCAGAUGCUAGGUUAACGAAAGGACAAAAGAAUGACAGUAUUUUCAAGUUUCAAGUCAAGGCUUAUUUAGUCUGUCUUUGGAAUUUAUUUGUAGACUUAUUUAUACUUAUAUAGUUUGAUCAAAAGUUUGCAAAGGGAAAGUGUGUGUGUGUGUGUUUUCAGUCUCAAGUCAUUUAACUCAAUAAGAACAAAGAAUUCAAACAUUAUUGGUGAUUUUUUGUUCUUUUUUUCUUAAAGACUUACUCUAAUAUAGACCUAUGUGUAGAACGGCUUGCCUUCUUAGAGAAGACUUAUAUUUGUCUUGAGAAUUUAUUUGUAAACUUGUGUAUGUUUCUAAUGUAGUCAAAUUUUUGCAGAGGAAAAGUGUAUGUGUUUGUGUGUAGUGUGUGUGUGUGUAUGUGUGUGUAACCACAUUAAUCCAAUAGAACAAAGAGUGCAAAGCAUUGGUUUUUUAAGAUUUAAUCUAAAGCGUGUUUAUAGACUUGUCUGCUUAACCCUAUCCGUAUGUCGUGUUUUACUAUCGUAUCCAUACGACAUGGGGAACUCUAUGCCUCCUCUUUCCAAGGAGGAAAUCUAUUCGUUAAUCUGAUCCAUACGCUUAGCAUAGCAGUCCG